GCUUCACAGCUUAACCUUUACCUCUUCGUUUCUUCAUUAAUACCCCUCUCUCUCUAUCUAGGGUCCUACCCGUUUAUUUUUUUUCUCUCAUCCUAAUGCGUCUUUAUUUCACAAACUGCUCAAUUAACAAGUUACUACUUUUCUAGGGUUCUCCAAGUUUUUCAGUUCUCAAGUCUGGGGUUUGCUUUUCUUUUUUUUUUUGCAGGUCUCUCUCCCUACCUCUUGCUACUAUUGCAGGCCUUUCUUUUUACGGGCCCUUCUCUUUCUUGUUCUCUGUUUCUCCGAUCUCUCUUCAAUGCCUUCAUCUAGAGAAUUCAACGUCCCGCCUGUGAUUUUCCCAAAUCCAGGCCCUCAACAAAGAAGAGCCCCUUCUACUCCUUUCCAACCCCAAACCAUGCCUCAGUCUCGCCCGCCUAAUCCUAAUCCUAACCCCAAUCUUCCUUUCAUGUCCUUUGACAUGAGCUCUGCUUCCGCCUCCUCUUCCUCCUCCUCCCAUUUCUCUGCUCCCAUCUAUGGAAACCCUACGUUUGAAGACGAUCUGCCUCUCCUUGAAGAGCUCGGUAUAAACACUCGACAAAUUUAUAGGGAAACCCAAUCGAUUCUCAACCCUUUUAAAUCAAAUCCUAGUUUUUUUGAUGAUGGAGAUUUAUCAGGCCCCUUUCUCUAUCUAUUGCUUUUUGGAUUGUUCCAAUUACUUGCAGGAAAGCUCCAUUUUGGUAUCAUAUUGGGGUGGAUCUCGGUGUCAGCUUGCUUUAUCUAUGUCGCGUUCAAUAUGUUAGCUGGGAGUAAUGGGACCUUGACGUUGUACACUUGCUUGAGCUUGGUUGGAUAUGGUAUGCUCCCCAUUGUUAUUUUAUCUGCAAUUUCUCUAUUUAUUCCACAAGGGACAAUGGUCAUGUAUGGAUUGGGGGCCUUCUUUGUGAUGUGGUCGACUAGGGUUUGUACCAGGCUUCUUAUUGGUAUUGCUUCUUAUGGGGAAGAGCAUCGAGGAUUGGUGGCUUAUGCUUGUUGCUUGGUGUAUCUGCUAUUCUCUUUGUUGGUUUUGUUCUGAUGGCGCAGAGGAUUUGGAUCUGGAUCUGUAUUUUUGGAAUCUUCCUACAUAUGGCCAUCCUCUCUCAAGGGUUCAUUGGGAAUUUGUGUUCCCCGUCUUUCAGUUGUGGCCCUCUCUCUUUCAUUUCUUAGGGGAGUGAUCCUUGUGGUAGCAAUUUCAGACCUUCCAGGUCAUUUCCCUCUGCACCCAUUGAAUGGUGUGCUGGUUCAGUUUCUCUCUAGCCAGGUGCUUCGAACUCCAAAGCUUUUUUACAAGCUUCUAGACAUGUGUUUUUGGAUGAAUUUGAAAGAAGCUUUGGAUGUUAGGACCAUCUUAGUGUCGUUGAAAUCUUCACCUGCAGUUUGCAUAAUCUUUCCUACAAAGGUGUAUCUGAUGAAGAGGUGGUCAUGAUCUUCGACAUUGGCUUUGCAUAUGAAGUACAUAUUACAUCCAAGUAGCCCCACUUUUGCACUUUAUUGGCGGCCAGUAGCUUCCUUUGCAAAGCCAUCCAUGUAAACCAUGGCAUGAAUCUUUUAUAAUAGUAGAUAUUGAAGGAUCAGUACA